GUCCAGGAAAUCGUUCAAGCGGCUGACGUGAGGCAGGCGCUGAGAGAGGCGGGCGAUGAGUUUGAGUUGAGGUACCGGCGGGCUUUCAGCGACCUCACUUCCCAGCUCCACAUCACCCCCGGCACGGCGUAUCAGAGCUUUGAGCAGGUUGUGAACGAACUCUUCCGCGAUGGAGUGAACUGGGGUCGCAUCGUGGCUUUCUUCUCUUUCGGAGGAGCCUUGUGUGUGGAGAGCGUUGACAAGGAGAUGCGGGUAUUGGUGGGACGCAUUGUGUCUUGGAUGACCACGUACUUGACCGACCACCUAGAUCCCUGGAUCCAGGAGAAUGGCGGAUGGGAAGCAUUCCUGAAAUGCCGGGUCCGGCCAUGCAGUGCUGCGUGGGUUUGCCAGCGGGAG